CAUGCAUUGGUAAUAUCACUUGAAAAUAACCGCUCAUAAACGAAUUUCAUAUUAGAUCGAAAAUAUAAGUUGUCUUCCUUCUUUUAUUCAAAGAUUACCAUCAUAAUGAUUCAUAAUGCUAAUCGUAUUUCACUGAAUUUGCUAAGAGAUUUAGCAUAUGUAAAUGGAAAAUGGAUAAGUGCAAUAAGCAAAAAUACAUUCCCCAUUUAUAAUCCAGUUGAUAAAUCUGUUAUUAAUAAUGUUCCUGAUAUGAAUGUUGAGGAUACUCGAGUAGCAAUCAAUGCAGCAUCUGCAGCUUUUGAAACAUUCAGUAAAACAACUGCAAAGGAAAGAAGUGAUUUACUUAGAAAUUGGUAUAAUCUAAUGGUGAAACAUGCUGAUGAUUUGGCACAAAUUUUGACUAAAGAAAAUGGAAAAUCUCUUAAUGAAUCUAAAGCAGAAAUUAAAUAUGGAAAUUCAUUUGUGGAAUGGUUUUCAGAAGAAUGUAGACGAAUUACUGGAGAAGAAUUACAACCACCAGUACCUACUAGAGAACUUUUUUUGUUAAAGCAACCAGUUGGAGUAGCUGCUUUGAUCACACCAUGGAAUUUUCCACAUGCUAUGAUCACCCGUAAAGCAUCUGCUGCUCUUGCUGCUGGAUGUACAUGUGUAAUUAAACCAUCCGAAGAUACACCACUUACUGCUUUAGCAUUAGCUGAUCUUGCUGAAAAAGCAGGUAUUCCUGAUGGAACUUUAAAUGUACUUACAACAAGCCUACAAAAUUCUGUUGCUGUUGGUAAAGAAUUAUGUGAGAAUCCGAAAGUAAGAGUUUUAUCAUUCACUGGUUCAACAGCUGUAGGAAAACUAUUGUAUCAACAGUGUGCUUCAACUAUGAAACGACUUAGCCUUGAAUUAGGAGGUAAUGCACCAUUCAUUAUUUUUGAUACUGCUAAUUUGGAUGUAGCUGUAUCAGGUGCUAUGGCAAGUAAAUUUCGUAAUACCGGCCAGACAUGUGUUUCUGCAAACAGAUUUUUUGUACAAGCUAGUCAAUUUGAUAAAUUUAUUGAAAUGUUUCUAUCAAAAAUUGAAAGUGACAUUAAAAUGGGUGAUGGUAGUAAAAAAGAAGUUACACAUGGUCCUCUCAUUAAAGAAAGCCAAUUGAAUAUGGUACACAGACUAGUUACUGAUGCAGUGCAAAAGGGAGCAAAAGUACAUUGUGGUGGUAAGCCACUACCUGAAUUAGGACCAUUGUUCUAUGCCCCUACACUUAUAACAAAUGUAUCUAAGGAUAUGGAAAUAUAUAACAAAGAAAUUUUCGGACCAGUAGCUGUCAUUAAUAAAUUUGAAACUGAAGAGGAAGUUAUACAAAAAGCUAAUGAUACACCUGUUGGUUUAGCAGGUUACUUUUAUUCACAAGAUAUAUCACAAAUAUUUCGUGUAGCAAGAAAAUUAGAAGUUGGAAUGGUUGGUGUGAAUGAAGGAUUAAUUUCUUGUGCUGAAGCUGCUUUUGGAGGAGUAAAAGAAUCAGGUUUAGGAAGAGAAGGUUCUAAACAUGGUGUUGAUGAUUUCCUUGAUUUGAAAUAUGUAUGUAUUGGAAAUAUUAAUCGUUAAUAUAUUUUGUUACUUCUUUUAAUACUCUAGAGCCAAUAUAUCGGGGUUUCGUAUAAAUAUAUGGGUGGUAUUGAUACUUCUGAUCUAGUUUUGAAAACUAGAUCAAAAAGUAUUAAGUAAUUUUUUUUUUAAUUUGUCUUUAUUUUUGCUAAGUAAUUUUUGGUAAAAUAGAAAUAAUCAGGAUUAAUAUAUUACUAUAUGCAAUAAUCUCGAAUAAUUAAGUAAUAAUAGUAUAUUGUUUUAGCACAAUGUACUGUUUGUGAAACUGAAUGUCUUCCAUAGUUUAUAAGCUAUAAUAAUGUUACAAAUAAUAUAGUAUAAUUAUUUAUGCAUUCUUCUUUCUAUUUUUCUUAUACAUUUUUAUUAAUUUUUGUGUAAAGCACAUAUAUAAACAAGCUUUAUUUUACUUACAUAAUUAAUAUCAAUAACAGUUAAACAUAUAUGAAAUAAAAACAUGUCUUCCAGAAAUUGCUGAUAAUAAUAGUGUUAUAAUAUGUGUAUAUAAAAGGGUAGGUAAUUAUAAAAUGUAUUAUUAUAUUUUAGAAAUAAAAUUAUAUUCACAUUAUGUAAUAGUAAAUACACAUAUGACAAAAACAAUA